AGGACCUGCCCCAAGAAGUUGUGACCCAAUAGUAGAAAAUUGUCAAAUAAAUACCAAUCGAAAAUAGUACCAGCGAUUAUAUACAAAAACUACACCGCAAGUUGUUCUUCUCUGUGAUUGUAGUGUGAUCUCUCAACUCUAUUCAGAAGACAACAAAUGCGGACGAUUUCUAAUCCCACCUCAAUCUCAUAGUACCGUGAAUAGAAUUAUAGUUUUUCCAGAUUGAGUGAUAUAAUUUUCCGGGAAAGUUUUCUCUUCCCUGCUAUCGUAAAAUCAAGUUAGCGACAAUUUACUGAACAAACACAACGAAUAGUUGUUCUCUAGUAUCUCAUUGUUGUACCACACUAUUUGAGGAUUGACCGCGGAAAAUACUACCGGCGUGGUGAUAGAUCGAUCAGGUCUCAUCUCAGAAGUUAUUCUUCCGGCUGAGACCACUGCUCGUCAAGAACCUCGUCCGGCCCGACGAAUCUUCUCAUAAAAACUAUCACAUAUUAUGUCCGUAUCUAAUAUGUAGCUUCAAUAACAACUGUAUCAAAAAACACGUACACAUACGAACGAAUUAUCUGGUAACCAAAUGCGUGCGCGCGCGCGCGCAGAGCGCGCGCCGGCCCACGAAGCCGGCGCGCGCGCUCUGCGCGCUUGCGAUAUUGCUUAGCAAACGCAGCGCGAAGGCAGUUGCCGUUACCAUAUAGGGCAACCGCCGGGAGGCGUGAAGGUCAGGGAAAUGGCCAGAAAUGAAGCGGGAGAAGGGAAAAAAAGCGGACCAGAUGGGAAAAUGGCCAGGAGGUCAAAAAUGUCGCAAAAACGGCAGAAACCAAGCGGGAGAAGGUGAAAAAAGAGUAUUUUUGCGGUUUAGCCCACUUGAUAUCUGAAAAAGAGACGGACUAUUUUUUGCUCCGCCCGCUGGCCAGCUGCGUUGGAGCAGCAGGCCCGCGACCUGUCCGGAAGCCUUGGGCCGCUUCGUAACUGGAAAAAGUUUGAAAAAAAUGGCAAAAAAAUGCGUCAUAACGUGGGUGGAGGCAAUCGUCGGAUUUUGUCCAGAUCACCCGGGCCACUUGGAAAAUGGGAAAAGAUGAGAAAUUGCGCAAAAGCGCAAUCCCUCCGCAGGCUUCAAAACUUCCACCAAGGUGGGGGCGGUGAAAAUGUCCAGGUCGCCCGGGCCACUUGGAAAAUAGAAAAAGAUGAAAAAUUGCGCAAAAGCGCAAUCCCUCCGCAGGCUUGAAAACUGCCAGUCAGCUGCGGUCGGUGAAAAUGUGCAGGUCCCCCGGGCCACUUAGAAACCAGAAAAAAACGCGAAAAUUAAAAGAAAUCGAGAACCCCCGGCAGGCUUAGAAACUGGCCACCAAGGGCGGUCCGGCGGGCGCGCGCUUGCGCCAUACCAUCGCGAUUGGGGAAAAAAAAUCGCACUAGAAGCGGGCGGAGGCAUGUCACAAAGUCCGCAUUUGCUCUGGGUUGUGGGCAGAAAUUCUGCAUCUUCCCCGGGUCUGAAAUGGCCGAUUUUGGUGGCCCGGAAGGGUUCGCGGGUUUUCGGCCUUCCGCAUACCUUUCGGGACAGGGGGCCAGUUUGUCAUGCAGGGGGCUAGAAAGGAUGCCCCGUUCAAGCCCUCCCCCCGGCAACAUACCUCCCGGGCCAGGGGGCCAGUUUGUCAUGCAGGGGCUAAAAAGGAUGCCCCGCUGCCACAUAGCCGGACUUAGCAUUCAAUGCGUAUCGCAGGAGCCUGCGGGCCGCCGCGGGCGACAGUAGUUGUGCGCGGCCCUUUAGGGCCGCGGGGAAGUGGUGGAGCCCGCGGCGGCCCGCAGGCUCCUGCGAUACGCUUUGAAUAGAAAUCCGGAAGCCACCGAUGACCCAGAAACCUUCCUGGCCAGGGGGCCAGUUUCUCAUGCGGGGGGCUUGAAGACGAAGGAGUGGGACUGUAAUCAAAAAUAAAUAGCGCCAAAGCGCGGCCCGCAGGGCCGCGCUUUCGCCGCGCGGCUGGUUAGGCUUUCGCGCUGGUUAGAUUUUCGCGCACGCAUUUGGUUACCAAUAUCGCCCUCCGGGCGCGACCUUCAUACAACACGACAAAGUAAACGACAGCGUGUUUGUGCUUUGAUCUACUACCCAAGAACGACGACCCUAAUACUAUUUUGCGAAAACAGUACUCCUACCAAAUUCAUCUAUAGAUUGUCUAGUCUCGUCGAUUCUUUACUGUUCUUGUUUGCAAUAUUAAAAGUAUUUCUACUACCCAUGACUUGAAGAAAAAGUCACAUUGUGCUCUAAAGAUCAUCCCUGAGUUUUCCUCUUUUGUCAGCCAGGUUCGCUAAUAUUCCGGCGGACUUGGUCGUAAAGUAGAGAAAAGAAAAACGGGGAAGAUGCCGUAGAGUAUUCGUUUGAGCUUUUGUGGACUGGUAUUUGAUACUUGCAUAAUUUGGAGGAGAAGUUUCUUUUUUGCAGGACUACUUUGUAGGGUUUGUUGAUUCUCGUUCGGGUUCGUUUGAAACCGAUCGCAGAACAUAACUAACCUCGCAAUUUUCUGGCAAGAAAACUUCUCUUUUACCACGUGCUUCAAUACCUUUUGCCCAAUCUUUAACUAUUUUUGUGCCAUCGAGGAAAAUCUUUUAUCCUGAGCAAACCACUCACUAUUACUCUGUGUGUGGCUCGCUGCGGUUUUUUUUUUCGGCCAAAUUAAUAGUCAUCGACUACCGACUUUUUCCUGGUUUUAUCACUUCUUAUCGUCCUACAUAACGAGGAUAAAAGCAACGUCGUCCACGUGAAACUAAAUCGGCGUGUUAACACGACGAAUAUUUCGUCAUAAAACUACCUAAUUCUCUUUCUCGGAAGGAGAGCAGGACCUCAAAAAAAAAACCGGGUAUGUCAUCUUCCACUUCGCAAGAACAGAGGUCGUCCUCCCAGCAGGGAGGUGCGCCAGCAGCAGCUUCUACGCCCACCUCCGAGAUGAGGACAUCAACACAGCAAGGACCAUAUAAUUACCCCCAUCCGGAGGGAGAAAAUCUUCCCAUGGCAGCGUAUCGAAAGGUUUUCAGCGAAGAUCAUACAGGGACGCUGAUCAGCGCCAUCUCCACGACGACAGGGGGUAUGACAAUGCACAACUCCCCCUCGUCCCCCUCAUUUGUAUAGCAUGAACGGCAAUAAAAGCAUCAGCAAGAAUGCCGCUGUUGCAUGACAAGUUUAUUACGCUGGAGUGUAGGGCUAUUUGGGCCAACAUCCGAAUUUGUCAUGCAAACACUGCCAUGAGGAACAGACUGGAUUUGGGAUUUUGCAUGGCAAAUGAGGGGGAGGGGGGGUUGUGCACUCUCAUACAAGGCGGCGGUUCGACAGAGCGAGUCUCCUCGACGACAGCGUGCGACAACAUAAGUCCAUAUCAAAUUGAAAAAUGUCUGGGUCUGGAAGGUGGUAACUUGUGAUGCUGUCUUUGGUUUCCAAAAAAAUCUGUAUUGCAUGACUAGCAAAAGGAGUCCAGUUUGUGCUACAUGGGGAGGGCAUUUCUCGUGCGGAAUAAGCAUCAGAAAGCCUUCGAAAAAUCCGGGAUGCUACCGCAUGCAUUACAGGCGUCAUUGGUCAUGCAAAAUUUGCAUCACAAACCUGGCAAUCUUCCAGACCCAGACAUUUUUACAUUUGAUAGUCCACCGAGCGGAAUGAUUAUCCACGCUACUUCCAACAAGGAGCACCGUUCUUUCCGAGGGCUAUACUCGGAACAUAGAAGCGAUGUUGAACAUGGUAGAAAUAUCAAAUGCAAAUGAUGUUAUCUGGGUCCUCUGUAAGGAUCACGAUCAUGCGAGCCUGUGAUGCGCUUUUCACUUCGCACAGAAAUCUGUCAUGCAUGGAAGCCAAAAGGAGCUGGACACCAGUUCUGGCCACCGAAAGAAGGGCUUUAUUGCCUCAUGCGGAUGACGCAUUAUAUAUUAAGAGACCUACUUUAAUAUUUCAGAGCCUGUUAUCAUGCUAGGGCGUGCUGCAUGCCAAACCUCCUGGGGUAACACGCGAAAGCUGCAUUACAAAAAACCUCUGUAUAAUCCUUCCAGAUCCAGAUCGAUAUUUGCAGUGGAUAAGAAAAUCUUCUACUUCCAUGACUUCUAUGAAGCCGGAUAGCACGACCAGCGAAAUCGUGGGUGGCACUUACCGCGAUGAUGAAACAAGGAAUCGAAUUUCCUCAAUGUCGUCCCAUCCGCGCCAAUAUCCACCGCAAAACUAUGGUACUCGUAUGAAAUGCAGUCAUGCAUGACAGAUCUGGCUUCCUAGCGAAUUCAGCAUUAGAAAUUCCAUUUUUGUUUCUGGAAAAAUUUGUAAUGCUAUUUCUACUUGUACGAUACUUUUGCAAUGCAUAGCCAACAGCUUGUACAACCGCCCACGGCGGCGAACACGUCUUCUCUACUGAAGCCGAGCACCCCGGGGGGCGACGGCUGUCGCUCGGACGGCAGCGGAACGGCUUCCACGGUGGCUGCGACGCACGACAUUAUGGGCAGGAUGCAGGGUACGAGCUUGGUGGGCCGCAGCAUCCAGGGAGCAGCUCCAGCUGCUUCGGGAAGUAGUAGUAGCCAAGAGAACUAUUACAAAAAUGCGGACGGAUUUAAUAUUCAGCAGCAGUUUCGGACACCAAACUUAUCUCACGUUGACGAACACCAGAACUUCGCGACCCAGACGAAUGGUCAACAUCUUCACCCGCAACUGGCGCAGCUUCAAGGUUUCGAUCAGAAUGGAGGACUUGCUUUCACCCCGAACAACAACCGGCGAGUUGUAACUGAUCAGCGCCAGCUAUGGAAGCGUCAGGUUUGAAAUCGUCAAAGUUGAAAUAAUUUGUAAUGCAUAAAAUGCAUGACCCGAGGCGCGUGUGUUGCAGAGCAGGCAAGUGAGGCCGACUGUAAGCCUGUUUGGGGUGACAGCUCGAGCUGCUAAAGUAGCACGAGAAAAUCGCUCUUCUUUGCCUAAACAGCAUGACAAACUGCAUUUAGGGACCGCCGAAAUUUGUCAUGCGCCACUUGAAAACUGGGCUCCAGCUAGCAUCCAUUUUAUGCAUGACAAAUUAUUUCAACUUUGUCGAUUUCAACUCUGACACAUCCAUACCAGCAGAUGAGUCAAAAUAAUAGUAGAACCACUCCGAACAGCUAUCCUAUUUGAAAACGUCCCCACCCCAUAGUUGUAAUGCAAAUCUGCAUGCUGAAAAUCUUUCUCAUGCGGAGCUCCAUGAGAAGCAUUUUCCAAUCGUGUUGUGCAAUUUGUCAUGCUCCAAUCAGCAUGGCAUCCUAGAUCUGUGAUGCUGCUGAGCUAGCUCAAACAGCACUACACUACGAAUCCAAAUUUGUCAUGCAAAACAGCCAAAACUUGUGGAUUUGUCUAGCCGAUUCCCCAACUUGACUAUGGUGUGGGUACGUUUUUACUCAGGAUAACAGCAGUGGCAAAAUCUCAAUCGGUGCAACUACUGGCGGCUUACAAGAACAGCAGCAGUACCAGCACAACAAGCUCAGCGUACACGCGACGCCCGUGUCAAAUUCAAAUAACGUGUCUCCUGGUUCUUGUACUAGUCCCUCGGACCACCAUAUCACGAGAAAAAAGUGUUACAUACAGUUACACAUUUGUUGGAGUUUCUGCAUCACAAAUUUUCUCUGUGUGGCAGAAAAUAAAUGGGGCCACGGAAGAGUUCUUGCUGGACAUUACCAACAUUUGCCCACGCAGAGCCGUCCUCUUGCCGGACACAACCAACAUCUGUCCGAAACAGCCUAGGGCCAAGACGACACCGUGAGGACGACCACAGGGGGUCCGUCUCAAUGAUGAUGAUGAUGAUGGCAGGGAAAACUUGUAAUGCGAAGAUCAUAAGGGAAAACAGGAAGGAAGCGAGGCUCCCAAGCGUUUCCUGCAUGAGAAAGGUUAUCUGUGUUGCCGGUCUUGCAUAGACUAUAUGUGUAACUGUAACACUUUUUUCUUCGCAUACACCACCAGCAAUUCGCUCCACAGCUGAACGAAAUUUCGGAGAGAACCGCGACGAAAAAUAGCAAGGAAACGCAUCGGAUCAUCAAUAGCAGUAUCAAAUGUAAAUAAGUCUGGGUCUCCUGAAAAGUUGGAACUUGUAUUGCUGGCCUUACAUUCAGCGUCCUGUGAAAUCUGUAUUGCAUGACGAACAAAACAAGUCGUAGCCUUUCUUGUCUUACGAAAACGCAAUUUGUCAUGCGGAGGGCGUACGAGAAAGCGUUCUGCAAACUUGUCAUGCUCUGCCGCAUAAGGAAGCGUUUUCAUCAUGCACAUUUUAGCAUCACAAAUUUCCAGACCCGGACAACAUAUUUGCAUUUGAUAAGCAGGUUAGUUCGCUCGCAGUCGGAGAACUUGACGGACCAUGAUGUCGGGAGGCGCAGGCACUUCUUCGACACCAGCAAUAAAGGUGUUGCACUAGUACAUGAUCAAGGGGAACAUCAAAGUAGGAACAAGCAGAUGAUGCAAAGCGACGGAAGAUCUCCUGGUCCUGCGUCUUCGUCACAUGCUGGCGGCGGGGAAAACUACGAGAUGAUGACACUACUGCAGCAAAACGCGGGUGGGGCUUCCAGCAGCUUCUCUCCGUCGUCCCCAGGAGUUGCAGCAGGGAACAAGAAUAUAAGCAUGGCGACCUAUGAGUACAACAACCAACAAGCAGGAGCUUCAACAUCUUCCCCUUAUUUCGGAACAACAAUUUCCCAGAUGCCAGUCUCGCAGAACAAAACGAAAAUCUUCAACCGCGAAUACAAAGUCGGGGAUUCGUAUGGAGAGAAAAAAGUUUGUCACAGUCACUAACUUGCAGGUUUUGCAUUACAAAUUUUCUCAGCAUCAUAAACUUUCCUUGUAUUGCAGAAACACUAGGGAAAUCCCCAAUGAAGUUUGGCUGUGAUGCAUUUUUACGCAUGACAAACAGUUUUGUAUUGCAAGAAUGCGCAUGAGUGAUCGUGACGAACUUUUUUUCUUUGAUAAUUCGUUUUCGAGUUCCGGCGCGACGCUGGAGGAGCAUUAUGUGGCAACAUCUCAGUUAUCAAAUGUAAAAAUGUCUGGGUCUGGAAGAAUGCAACAUUUGUCAUGCACGUUUUGCAUGACGUGUGAGGUCUGUGAUGCAUGCCCUAGCAUCACAGAUUCUGUGAGAUCUUUUCCAUGCCUUUUCCGCAUGAGAAACUGCCUCUCGGCCUGCUCAAAAGUGAACAGCUUUAUUGGUGAUCAUGCAACACAGAUUUUUGCAUGAUCGAGAAUUAGCAUGACAGGUUGCAACCUUCCAGACCCAGACAUUUUUGCAAUCCAUAUCAGUACCCGGAGCUGCAGACCCAUAGUGGAAGUAUUGCUGUAGGAGCUCAACAACAACCUGGGGGACAACAGCAGUUGCAAAAAUCACAGCAGUUGUUUCAACAGCAGCAGCAGCAAACGUCUUCGCAGCAGUUCUCCUCCUCACACCAGCACCAGCACCAGGUUAUGCACUGCAAAAGUAACGUAUUAGUAUAAAUUGCAAUACAAAUUGGCUCAGCAUUACAAAUUGAAUUUGUAAUGCAGAUUUGCCUUAGGAACUAGAUUUGUAAUGCAUAAAUGCAAUUAGUACGAGUACGAUACUUUUGCAGAGGAUACAGGUCGUGCGGCAAACGACGGACGAGGUGUCGCACCAGAUGAAUUUGCACGAACAGACGACCACCAUUCAGAGGAUGAUGUCGCUGGAAACUACGACCAGGCAGGUGCAGCGGUUUGGGCAAAUGGCGGAUGUAAUGAUCCCGUCUCAGGGACAGCACCAGCAGCAGCAGACGACCGGCGCUGGAAACGUUCAAUUUCUGAACAACACUGUCAAUAAUCCCAGUGGGUCCGCCACAGGACCGGCUGGCUCAUCCUCCGCACACAGCGGGUCUGGGUCGCCAGGAGACUUUGUAGUCACUACCACACAAGGACAAGAAGCUCCUGCAACUGCACUUGGUGCAACAUCUGCCUACCCGUUAAACCUGCCCUCUCCGUUACUCGCGCUGCAGCAGCAAGCCAACAGCAUUGCCGCGGCGACCACCCUUGCGGCCCAGCAGAAUAUGAACUCCGCGGCUUCACCAACGUCCGCGCAGUCGCAGACGCAGGACGUGCGGAAUGCGCAGCUGGCGCUGAACUCGGUGAUUUCGGAUUUGCAAAACGUGAUGGCGGCCGCGAGCUACGCGCUCGGCAAUGCGGAGCGUGCCGCGCAAAAGCUCCACGAAAACGAGUUAAACCAGCCGUCGGAAAGCGAGUUUGCGCAGUUGGCAGAUAUUCGGGUGCAGUGCAGCAACGGGGUGGACGAAAAAGAGAUGCUGAAUGACAGGCCCGUGCAACUGCAACUGCAGGAUUACAUUGGCGGGGUACCUUACGAUCCGCAGUUCCUGCAAGAGCAGACUGCUCAGCAAGAGCACACAGCUGUGAUGAAUACCACUUCGGGAAUUAUCACAAAUACCGGGAGCCCGGGGCUGAUGUUGCAGGAUAGUCAGCAGCAGCUGCAGCAGACUGCUGUUGCGCAACAAGUUGGACAUCAACAACAACAAAUCCCAGCGCAAGCAAGACCUUCCCCGAGGAACCAUGUUGAAAAUCAACCGGGUCUAGCUACUACGCCGGUAGCUGCGGCAAGCAGAAGUCGUUCCGAGCGUAGUAGAGCAGCAGCAGCUACACCUAUGAAUGUAAUUACGCCUACAGUAAUGACGAACCCGAACCUGGAUUGCUUCACGCCGGUGGAUUUCCGCGUGGAGCUGGAGCGUCAGAGAAGCGGGGAACAUCAACAUCAAGCGAGGGCAGUGAAAACAGCAGCUACAGAAGAUGAGCAUCUUCAACAGCAACCGGUCGUGAUGAACCAAACCUUGCUGUCGGAUCACUUGCCGCUGGACCAACACACUGGUGGACAUAUGCGGUUCCUCGGGGAGAAGGAAACCCUCCUUCCGAAAGUCGACGAAGAGGUCGUGGACCAACAUCAAAAUCCCCGCCAGCGCACGCCCUUCGUCGAGGUGAUCAUCGGUCCUCGGCCGGACUUAUCAAGUGCAAAAAUGUCUGGGUCUGGAAAGUUGGAACUUGUAAUGCUAGCUUUACAUUCGUGGGAAAUCUGUAUUGCAGAACCGACAAAAGCCGCAGCCAUUUUUGUCAUGCAAAAACGCAGUUUCUCAUGCGAACUGCCUAUGAGAAAGCGCCGCGGAAAGUUCUCAUGCUGGACUGCAUUCGGAAGUGUUUCCAUGAUGCACAUUUCACCAUCACAAGUUUCCUGACCCAGACAUAUUUGCAUUUGAUAGGACUUAUCGCCGGGCGGGACCGAUUCUAGUACUGAUAAGACCAGUAAGGAUAUCCAAGAAAAAACAUCAUCACAAUCACUUUUGCACAUUUGUGCAAUACAAAAAUUUUUGUCAUGCGCAAAAAUGCAUCACAGUCAACACUUGUAGGCGCUUUCCCUAUAUGUUCUUGCAAUACAAGAGAAGUCUGUCCCGCGAAACAAAUUUCUGAUGCAAAACCUCCCAAAUGUGAUUGUGAUGGUGUUUUUUUCUUGGAUAAAGGAGUCUUCUGGCAGCAGUUCUUCUGGAUCGAACAACGGGUCGUCAAAGCAGGGGGGGACGAGCUCCGAUAGCAGCAAGAACUUAGCGGAUUUGAGGUCUCUCUCUCACAUCGCCGGGACGUCGGGAACGUCGUCAGCGGGACGAGCUCCAAAUAAUGACACCCAGCAGCAUCCGAAGAAGAUCAAGGGCGUGCUGAAGAAGAAGCACCGGUCAGCGGACAGCGCCCGCGGCCAGGACAAAAGCGGCCGGCCUGUCCCGAGCUCGCCGGAACUCGAUUCCUACCCGGAGCGACAGAGAUAUCCAAGAAAAAAACGUUGUAGGUGUAACUUUUUUGGAGGAGCAGCAUUACAAAUCUGUCUGGCAUGACAGCAAAAACCUGUCAUGCGCAGAUAGUACGUGAAAACGCCCUUUAAUGGGCCCUACAAUGCAUGCCAAGCAUGACAGACGCAAUCAUCUUGCAUGUUGCGCAUCACAAACUUACACUAACAGCGUUUUUUUCUUGGAUAAGAGAUCCACGGUGUCCUUUCACCCGAUGGUGUCUGCGGAGGGAUCCGAGGAGAAAUUACCCCUCAAUUUAUGCAUUGCAAAUAUGUCGUGUGGGUCUGGAAGCAGGUUACAACUUGUGAUGCUGCGUUUAGAUUUCAAACAAAUCUGUGUUGCAUGAGCAGCAAAAGGAAUCUAAUGUUGGUUACGCAGAGUAGAGGGCGUUUGUCAUGCGGAAUACUAGGCAUCAAGAAUCCCUCAAAAUAAGACCUGUGAUGCUAGAGCAUGCGCCACAGACGUCAUGGCUCAUGCAAAACGUGCAAACAGGUCUCAGAAUCUUCCAUGCCCAGACAUAUUUGCAGUUGAUACAAUUACACGGACAGCAACGACGGGUCGCGGUCCCCGAACAACUUCCGCAUGUCGGCGAAUUUAUCCUGUGCAAAAGUAUCUGAUACUCGUAUUGCAAUCAUGCAUUACAAAUCUCUUUCUUAAGGUAAAUCAGCAUUACAAUUUUUUUUUCUCAUGCUGAGGAAAUUUGUAAUGCAUUUAUACGAGUGCGAUACUUUUGCAAUUCAUAGAAUUCCAUUUCCGACUACAAAUCCGAUGUAUGCAUUGCAAAUAUGUCAUCUGGGUCUGGAAGAUGGCAACUUGUCAUGCCAAACCUGAAUGAUGCAAAAAAUCUGUGUUGCAUGGUUACCAACAGCCGUCCUUUUUUAACAAGUUGAGAGGGAAUUUCUCAUGCAGGAUAGGCAUGAUAUUGAUAGAGUUAGAGAUCCCACAGAAUCUGUCAUGCCGGGUGCUGCAUUACAGACCUCAUGGGUCAUGGAAACUGGCAUGACAAAUCCUACAUCCUUCCAGACCCAGACAUAUUUGCAUUUGAUACGAUGAGACUUCGAGCAAUUCCCAGGUGAACAGCGAAGACGCGCUGCGCCCGUCCGCCACGAACACCACCAGUAGCGAAAACCGAUCGGACGGAAAUCGGUCGGAUGAUACGUUCACGCUGCGCCAGAAAGAGGAGGAAAGGGUCGAGCGCGAACGGGAUCAGGAUCUGACCAAUACCGGAUCCGGACCGGGGGAGACGCAUUCUGUCGUGCCGGAUUUGUUGUCCUCCGUAGACGAUGAGUUGCUGCUUAGUAGUCGGCAGCAAGACCGGGAGACCAUGCGGAGACGAAUCCUGGAGAAAAACCGGAACAGCAACACGCACGCUCUGGUUGCGGGGGCCAAGAAGCAUAUUCAACAAAAUGGUGCGACGACAAUUAUGUCGAAAGGCAGCAGUGCCGGUGCUGGUGCAUCGAACAAGAAUCGAGGAUUUGUGGUUUCGCCGCAUAGAAGUAGUCCUGCUCCACCGCAAGACAUCAACACCUCGGAAGAGCCGACCAGCAACGAGACGCCGGACUCGAUUUCCGUGAAAGGCACCUACGCCUAUCAAAUGCAAAAAUGUCUGGGUCUGGAAGAUUCUGAGACUUGUCAUGCAUAUUUUGUAUGAUCGAUGAUGCCUCUAAUGCAUGAUCUAGCAUCACAGAUUUUUAGAGGGCUUCCUAAUGCCUAUUCCGCAUGACAAAUGCCCGCUCCGCGCAGCGAAAUUAUAGAAAUCUUUUGCUGCUCAUGCAACACAAUUUUUUUAGACAUCCAAAUGCAGCAUCACAAGUUGCAUUCUUCCAGACCCAGACACUUUUGCACUUGAUAACGCCUCCUCUGACACGACUCCGAACACCAGCCCGACGGAAGAGAAGGACGAACAAAGUUCUGAUAAGUUGUCCACGGGUCGUAUCAAAUGUAAAAGUGCCUGGGUCUGGAAGAUUCUGACACUUGUCAUGCACGUUUUGCAUGAGCCCUGAUGUCUGUGAUGCAUGCCCUAGCAUCACAGAUUUUUUGAGAGCUUCUUGAUGCCUAUUCCGCAUGACAAAUGCCCUCUCCGCAUAGCACAAAUUGCAUUCCUUUUGGUACUCAUGCAAUACAGAUUUUUCUGGAAUCCAAAUGCAGCAUCACAAGUUGCAUUCUUCCAGACCCAGACAUUUUUACAUUUGAUAGGUCGUGGCAGGUCAGAAUCCUCGUCUACGGGCGGUGCGAACGACGAGACUGUUUCGAAAUCCACAAGUCGGGAUAAUGUGUCUUCGAAUAGUAAAACGGUGAAAUCUUCGACGAACAAGAGUUCGAAUUCCUCCUCGAAUUUGUUGAACAAUGAAGAUCCGACCUCGUCCAACGCGUGGCGAACGACGUCCGCGGAUACCAAACCGGACACAGGAACGAGCAAGAAGAAGUGCAACAAGCAGGAUCAUAUUAUUGAAGACGAGCGCGCGGAAAUUUUGCGAGACGAAGGUCCUAGUGGAGCUAUCCCGUGCAAAAGUAUCGUACUCGUAUUGCAGUCAUGCAUUACAAAUCUUUUUCUUAAUGGUAAAUCCGCAUUACAGAUUUCAUUUCUCAUCAUGCUGAGAAAAUUUGUAAUGCAUUUAUACGAGUGCGAUACUUUUGCAGUUCAUAGGAGCAACUGUGGAACAAAAGGAGGAAGAUGUUCUUGACCACGAUAGUCCUUCUCGUCAAAGGUGCGACACAGACAGGAUAACCACGGCGCGCGCCUUGGAACGGGAGAUUUUCAAGGACAAGAACUUAUCGAAGCCAAAUACGUCGGUUGUGAAGGCGUCCACGGUAGGAGAGAAACUGGUGGAAGACGAGGGGAAAGAUCUUCCUGCUGGCGAGACGGAUAUGAAGGAUUCGUCUGCGAAGCGAACAUUUUCCUCUCCAAAUGUCAUGUUCACUGCUGAUAUGCAAUGUAAAUUUCCUGUACAUGUACAAAAUGCAUGACAAAUUUCUGUAACUUGGAGUGUGCAACUUGUCAUGCUGCACUAGGAUUGAAGCCAAGUUUUGUCAUGCAGAGACUGCAUUUGUACGUGUACAGGAAAUUUACUGUGGAUAGCUGAAACCUCCGUCAACCCCCAGAUCGGUGAGCAGGGCAGCUUCGCGCAUCGCAUCUCGGCACCGGUUAGUUAUAGAAGCGGCCAACAACAUGGUGCGCCGUCGAGUAAAGAUAAAGAACGCAACGCGGGCCCUGUUUCUUGUGGACCGUCGGAACAGACACGAACUACCGGCACAGGAGCGACUAUGGAAGCGUCAGGUUUGAAAUCGACAAAGUUGAAAUGAUUUGUCAUGCAUAAAAUGCGAUUCAAAAAGUGACUCUAUUGCAGAGGACGCACGGGAGGCAGAUUAUAGUCCUGGCAAGGGUCGUCUUCAAAAGUUGGCCUGCUGACUAGCAUGACAGCAGGCAGCUCUUUUGCCCUAAACCGCAUGAGAGACUCGCUUCGAGGACCGGGAAAAUUUGUCAUGCGCUGACUAAAAACUGUAGGUCUAACUGGUAUCCGUUUUAUGCAUGACAAGCUAUUUCAACUUUGACGAUUUCAAACCUGACGCUUCCAUAGCGACGCGGCACGGCGGUUCCGAAGCGGAUUCAUCGGAAACGAAUGCAAGUACAACAAAUAUCCUGAGUAAAAACGUCCCCACACCAGAGUCAGGAUGGGGAUUUUGCAACACAAACCUAGGAGUUUUGGGAGUCACGCAUGACAAAUUGCAGGCUGUAGUGUAGUGCAGUUUAGCAAGGGAAGUCGCAUUACAAAUCCACUUGCUUAUCCUGUUUACAGCAUUACAAGUUCCAAAACACGGUCGGAAAUGCCUAUCAUGGGGAUGCGCGUUACAAAUGCUCUUGUGCUUGCAGAUCUGCAUGACAACUCUGGGGUGGGGAUGUUUUUACACAGGAUAACAAACAUGAUGACUUUUGGCAACAAGCGAAUUCCGGCCCUGGGUGGAGCUCCGUCUGAAGGGGACGAUGACAGUGGCACCCUGAUGAAUCGAGAGCACGGCAACAUGAUUCCGCCUUUGUCUCCGCAGUCGCACAGCUACCCCCGGACCAGUGUGGAUUCGCGGGAUUAUAUCACAAGAAAAAAGGUGUUACAGUUACACAUUUGUUGGAGUUUCUGCAUCGCGAAGUUGCUCGACAUGGCAAAGAAAACCUGUGAUGCGCAGACUAUAACGGAAAACACGAAUGGAAUGAGGCUGGCACGCGUUUUCUGCAUGACAGAGGUUGUCUGUAUUGCUUGUCUUCCAUCAGGGUGUGUAACUGUAACAUUUUUUUCUCAGGAUAGAUUACAACUUGAAAAACCCCAUGUCGGAAACCAGUAUUCGGUCUUUGCAAACCACUAUGCAUUGCAAGUAUGUGGUCUGCGUCUGGGUGAUCUGGAAAGUUGUGAUGCUGAACUGUGGAUGAUAAAAACCCUUUCGAAUGCAGCGAAGCAUGACAAGUUUGCAGAGCGCUUUCUCGUACGCAACUCGCAUGAGAAGCUGCGUUCUUGUAUGACAUCAAAAGGGGCUGCGCCUGUUCUUUGUUGGUCAUGCAAUACAGAUUUAUUCACAGGAAUGCAACGUCAGCAUUACAAGUUCCAACUUUAUUCCGGACUCAGAUAUAUUUGCAGUUGAUAACCACAGCGUUCAACCAGAAAAUCAACGCGGGAUCGCAACCCCAGAACCAGCCCAGUAUCUCCUUUCAGCAGCAGAGCAUCAAUAUGCAUCGCAAAUAUGUCUGGGUCUGGAAGAAAGCAAGUUUGUCAUGCUUGUCUGGCAUGACUCUUAAAUCUGUGAUGCAUGAGCAGGAUAGGGCCUCUUGCCUCUCAUGCAAAAACGCAGCUUGUCAUGCGAAAAACGAAACACACGGCAGCUCAAAAACUUGUCAUGCUUGGCUGCGUAGUGGAGUGCGCCUACCAUUCACAGACUUGCAUCACAAGUUUCCAGACCCAGACAUGUUUGCAUUUGAUAAUCAACCGCAUGCAGGCGAACAUCUCUGCAGGAGACGCCUCUUCUUCUACCGAAAUUGGUGGAGCAGCUGCUCUACUUCCAACGCAGCACAACCGGAUAUGGCGUUCUCAAAUGUUACAUUCUCAACUGUUACAUGAAUUUGUAAUGCAAGAAUAGCACAAGUCAGAGGGAGAACCCUGCGCGUCUUGCAUUACAGAUUUAGUGCGGAUUCUAGUGCUAUUUAGCCCUCCGAGAAUUUGUCAUGCGAAGCACCUUCAUCGUCUGGUGGCUCACGGUCGUUUUGCAUGACAAAUCAUGCAACAGUUGAGAAUGUAACGCUUGAGAACCCCAUACCGGAUGCUUGAUGACACAAGUGCGGGGAUUGUCGGAAAACUGGAGUUGGACGAACAAUAUCCAAGAAAAAAACGUUGUUAGUGUAAAUUUGUGAUGCGCAACAUGCAAGAUGAUUGCGUCUGUCAUGCUUGGCAUGCAUUCUAGGGUCCAUUACAGGGCGUUUUCACGUACUAUCUGCGCAUGACACGUUUUUGCUGUCAUGCCAGACAGAUUUGUAAUGCUGUUCCUCCAAAAAAGUUACACCUACAACGUUUUUUUCUUGGAUAAACAAGACUCGGCGUUUACUCGGAGCAAAAACGUCCCCACCACAUAGUCAAGAUGGGAAAUCUGCUAGACAAAUCAACAAGCUUUGGCUGUUGCGCGUGACAAGUUUGGCCUCGUAGUGUAAUGCUGCCCAGCCAGUUCAGCAGCAUCACAGACCUAGCGCGUCAUGCUGCUUGGAGCAUGCCAAAUUUCGAAGCACGACGGUAGAAAUUGCUUGCCAUGGGGCUCCGCGUGAGAAAUAUCUUCAGCAUGCAGUAGAUUUGCAUUACAACUAUGGGGCGGGAACGUUUUUAGACAGGAUAGUGCUCAACACGUUAUUACCCACCGCGAAUUCCAACGCGUCCGUUUCCCGGGCGGCUUCUUCCGCAGUGCCGCUACCUCCCUCGUUAUCCUGUGCAAAAGCAUCGUACUCGUAUUGCAAUCAUGCAUUACAAAUCCUUUUGCCAAGGUAAAUCCGCAUUACAAAUUUUGUUUCUACUCAUGCUGAGGAAAUUUGUGAUGCAUUUAUACGAGUACGAUACUUUUGCAGUUCAUACUCGUUCUCCCGCGACAACAGUCGAGACAACACGCAGCAGCGAAGUGCGUCUCGAGGGUUCUCCGGCGGCGCGAAUACAACUGCGAAUCGGGCCGCGGUGACGAACCGGAGUAAUAACCGGAGCGGGAACAUUAUGGAAGUGUCAGAAUCGAAAUUGACAAAAUCGCAAAACUUGUGAUGCAUAAAAUCGAUACCAGUUGGAGCCUCAGUUUGCAAGCGGCGCAUGACAAAUUUCGGGAGCACCCAAAUCCAGUCUGUCGCGCUGUUUGGGCAAAGAAGACUGCCACUGUCAUGCUACUCUGGCAGCACAUUGCAUACCCCUAAACAGGCUUACAAUCGGUCUCAUUUGCCUGCGCCCCAAUACAGGCCUCCAGUGCCCUACAUUUUAUGCAUUACAAAUUUUUCGAUUUUGUCAAUUUCGAUUCUGACACUUCCAUAAACAUCAGUGGGCACGCGAUCACACGAGGAAGUAACAACGCCAAUGACGAAGCCUCGGCGUAUGAUUUUGAGCUGGAAGAUGAGCCGAUGAAGAAGAACCUGCGCAGGACCCAGUCGAGUUUGCGGUCCAUAAGCGGACUGAGCAACCAGAGUGACGAAAGUAUAUCGAUUGACUACAUUUCAAAGCAUGAUUUUUUACUGGUGUUUUGGCAGGCUCUGGGGGGUCUAACUGUGCCUGACACUCAGGAGAGCAUGGGCGAUAGCUUCUUGUACUUGCAUACAACAUGGGGCGGAUUGGCGGAAAGUAGAGGGCACUAGAUAUAUGUAACACUUACUUACCACGCUCUUAUGAUUAUGAAUACUUAUCUAAGUACUUCAUUUUCAUCCCAAAAAUUAUCCCGCAGGUCAAGGCUCUCACAGCAACUCGGCGUCUCGGAAUUUCUACGCGCGCACCCACAGUGGCAGCGCCCACCAGGACCACCAUCCUGUACUUCGGCCCCAAAACAUCGCACAGAACAAGCAGCCCGCGGUGAGCCCGAGCGCGACUUCAAAUGCGAACAGCUCGGCGGAGGAAGUGCUUUCCGCUCGUGGAGCAAUAUCAAAUGCAAAUAUGUCUGGGUCUGGAAGGAUGCAAGCUUUGUCAUGCUUGUCUGGCAUGACUGAAAAGUCUGUCAUGCGUGUCCAAGAAAGAACCCUUUUGCUUGUCAUGCAAAAACGCAGCUUGUCAUGCGGAAAACGCAACACUAAAGCUCCGCAAAUAUUUCUCAUGCUUGGCUGUGCAUUACAGAGCACUCACUAUUCACAGCUCAGCAAUAUAAGUUUCCAGACCUCCCAGACAUAUUUGAAAUGCAUAAACAGCCAACGUGAACUUUUCCGACCCGGACUGGAUGCCGCCGAACAAGGCGGGGCAGUUAUUGUGAGGAAAAAUCUCCCCUCCCCAUAAGGAAAUUUGUGAUGCUGAUUUGUGCCCACAAACAUCUGGGGCAAUAAAUGGAAGCCGUUUGGCGCAUUCCACAGCCAAUCUGUGAUGCGUUUUUUCAUACUGCAAAGGUGUCUGCCAUGCCUAACCGCUAGAGGCCUGUUGCGUAGUACCCAAUCAAGCUUAGGAAAUGCCUGUCCAAGCAUCUUCUGCAAUACAGUGGCGAUUUGUGUACAGAAAUCCAGCAACAGAAGUUUCCUUUUUUCUAUGGGGUGGGGACGUUUUUACAUAUGAUAGCAGGUACAGGUGUUGAACCAGCAGGGGGUCCACCAGCCGUCGCGACCAAGAGCCACGAACGGGACGUCUCGCACCUCGCACAGCUCUGCCACGCAAGCCAGCUACGUCCCGUCGCCCUACGUCGUGACGCAGACGCCCGGCGUGGACGGGCGGCAGUCGGAGGGAACGUUUGACGUCCGGCUCCGGCCGAACGGUCCGGAUAGCAUCAGGACCAGCAACACGACUUCUACUUCCCGGUACAGUUUGCCCUCGACGGGAGAAUUAAACGACAUGCUGCAGGGCAGCAGCAACAUCCUGCGCCGGAACGACCCGACCGAUACUAGCUACUCGGGACAGGUGAAUCUAGUAAAUAACUACAUCCAGCAGCAGCAGCAGCUAAACAACGCAGCGAACACCUCGGGCCGCACGACCGUGGCUUCGUCGAAAGCGGGAUCUAUGCAUUGCAAAAGUAUCGUACUCGUACUAAUCGCAAUCGCAUUCAUGCAUUACAAAUUUCUUUCUCGAGGCGAGUCCGCUUUACAAAUUUCAUUUCUCAUGCUAAGGAAAUUUGUCAUGCGAUUUCUACUAGAACUAGAACUAGUUCGAUACUUUUGCAGUGCAUAGGAUCGAAUUUAGACCAGCAACACCAUCAAGGGCUGUCCCCCGCGGUGUCGCAGAUGAUGGGCAUGGGCCCCAACCUGAAUACACAACUCAAUGCCACCCCACUCAACAAACAUUCCUCCGUCAGCCCGCCCGCGGCCUAUUCCAAAGCGCAAGUUUCCGCCGAAAAUUUUUUCGCAACCUCGAAAGCGGCGACACAAAGCUUAACCCCCACCGCCGCGAAGAAGGUAUGGCGUUCUCAAACGUUACAUUCUCAAGUGUUCCGUGGAUUUGUCAUGCAAGAAUGGCAGAAGUGAAAGGGGUGACCCUGCGUGCCUUGCAUGACAAAUUUAGUACACAGAUGCUCAGCCUGUGUGGGUCUUCGAGAAUUUGUCAUGCGAAGCAGCUUGAUCGCGCCGAUUCUGAUAGUGAAUCUGCAUGGCAAAUCAUGCAACAGUUGAGAAUAUAACAUUUGAGAACGCCAUAAAAGGCGGGGGCGUUGACGUUGCAAACCGACGCGUUUUAUCAAAUGCAAAAAUGAUGUCGGUCUGGAAGAGCCAAGCUUGUGAUGCUGCAUUUGGAUGCUAAAAAAACCUGUAUUGCAUGACCAGCAAGAGGAUUCAAAUUUGGCUACGAGGAGAGGGCAUUUGUCAUGCUGGAUGCGCAUAGAUAAGCGCUCAAAAAAUCUGUGAUGCUAUGGCAUACAUCACAAACAUCAUGGAUCAUGGAAAAUGUGCAUGACAGGCCCAGACAUUUUUGCAUUUGAUACGUUUCAGGUCCCCGAGGGGGCGGCGACCCGGGGAUUGGGUCGCGAGUACUUCGCCAGCAUGAAUGUAUGCAUUGCAAAUAUGUCUGGGUCUGGAAGACAGCAAUUUGUCAUGCUGUCUUUGGAUUCUAAAAAAAUCUGUAUUGCGUCGUGACCAGCAAGAUGAGGGGUCCAGUUUUUGCUGCAUGGAGAGGCCGUUUCUCAUGCGGAAUAGGCAUCAGGAAGCCCUAUUAAAAAUCUGUGAUGCUAGGUGAUGCAUUGCAUGCGUCACGGGUCAUGCAAAAUGUGCAUGACAAACGUUGCACACUUCCAGACCGAGACAUAUUUGCAGUUGAUAGAAUGACCGGAGUUGCGAUUUGGAUCUGGUGAUGAAGGAGUAUUUUCGCAUAUCCUGAGUGAAAACGUCCCCACCCCAUGGCCAAGCUGGUAAAUCUGCAACACAAAUCUCCAAGUUUUGGGAGUUGUGCAUGACAAGUUUCCCUCUGCAUUGUAGUGCUGGUUAGCAAGGGAAGCCGCAUGAGAGAGCCGCUUUCUCAUCCUGUCUACAGCAUUACAAAUUCCCAAACACGAUUGGAAAUGUCUCCCAUGGAGCUGCGCAUUACAAAUGUUUGUGUCAUUGCGCAUUUGCAUGACAACUCUGCUGUGGGGGCGACGUUUUUACAAAUGAUAUCGCACCCGGGAGUUGAAAACCCGCCCGAAAAAGGUGGAGGACGGGAGCUAUGUGCCGACGAACGGCAUCUCCAGCGGGGAUAUCAACUAUAUGCGCGGGAAGUGGGCAGCGCCCAGAGCCAUGACGGAUAGGAAGGAGGUGGUUGUGACAACAGCUGCAUCCGAGGAACAACAAGAUGUUGACAAGGAAGGUGGCAAAGAAAUGGGUGCGAAUCAUGCGGACAAAGAACGUACGAGUACGUCCGAGACAGUGCACAACAAAGACCACGAGAGCCUCGAUUAUAGCCCGGUGAGUGCCGAAGCUCUUCACACUUUCAACCAACAGCGGCAGUUGAAGGUGCAGCAGCUGGAUUCUAAAGCGCGAGAUAUGCAUUGCAAAUGUGUCUGGGUCUGGAAGGAUGUAACUUAUCACUCUGCACUUGCAUACUACAAAAAUCUGUAUUGCAUCAACAGCAAAAGAGGUCCAGUUUUUGCCACGGCGAGAGGGCAUUUCUCAUGCAGAAUAGGCAUCAGGAAGCCCUCUACAAAUCUGUCAUGCUAGGCCAUGCACUACAGGCAUCAGGGGUCAUGCAAAAUAUGCAUGCACUACGCUGAGUUGUCGUAUAGUCUGAAUUGUACCCGAAUACGUAUUAAGUUCCGAGCAAAGCUUGCGUCGUAUCGUAUGGCGAAAGCCUGAAAACAGCGAGCGAAGCACUUCAGGAGCCAAUUUCCUCAAAAGCGGAAAUGGCGCGCCUUGUGUCGUAUUUGCCCCCAAGCGGAAAGAAUAGCGCAGCAGCUGAAUUGUCACAGAAUGGAGCAACUCAGCGCACAAAGACAAAGCAGCCCAGCGCGGUGGCUCGACAAUAUAUUUUGCGACCACAGUGCCUGACAGCUUUAUUUGGAGCAAGAAAAUAGUAGUCCACGGAAGUGCCCAGCACCCUUAAAGGCGCCUCGCAUAGUAAGUAGGGGCUAAGGCCGGUAGCGCGGGAGGCUUGCGCGGGCGCUCGGCCUAUUGCGCGACGGGCUGUGUGCGUGUCGACGUUUUCCGCAGAGCGUUGCUCUAAAGCAAAGACGAAAAUAAACAGCGCGCGCACCCUAAUUUCGCAUGCGCGCCAGAAUGCGAAAGAGGGCCCGGGGGGGGCGGGGGGGGGAAGGCCGCCCGCAAGCGUUAUGCCGGGCCCGAGGCGUUCCGAAAUAGAGCGGGCGGCUUGCGGCAGUUUUCUCGUAACACUGCGCCGCCCGCCACACACGCAACGAUGUCCAGCCCUCGGAAGAGCAUUCCAUGGCUGGGCCCUCGCAAACUGGCCGCGCUAGAGCGCAGCGCUUGCAGCUUCUUCCUCUUUGCGCUACGUGUUUGGCCAUGAACAAGUGCGCGCGAAAGCCUUGGGCCUCAAACAGGCCUGCUCGGAUCACGUGAUAAUCACAUGAGUAGUCACGUGAUAAUCACAUGACUUUUGUUGCUCAUAAGCCAAUCUGAGUUGUCUUCAUCACGUGAUGAUCACAUGAUUAUCACGUGAUGACGACCCCGAAAAGGCGGCGGCUAAUAUUGCGGGAUAUGACGCGCCGCCCGUCAUACGUGAAACCAACAGCGGCAAGACAGAAAGGAUUAACGAAGAAAACUGAGCAAAGACGAAGUCCGAAGGUAUGAGCUAUAUUGUGACAAUUCAGAUCGCGCCAGAAACUGCACAAAAAAAAGUCAAAAAAGCAACUCAGCACGAAGCAAUUCAGAUUACUGCAUGCAUGACAAACCUAGCAACUUUCCAUACCCAGACAUAUUUGCAAUGGAUACGGGAGAUCUCUCUCCUGAUCACCGAAAUUGAGCGGUGGAUCCUGAAUCAGCAGCGCGCCUCCGGCUUGUUUGACGGGACUUUGGGCGGCAGUUUUCUCUACCCUAAUGAGGAUGAGCUGAACAGUAUCAAAUGCAAAAAUGUCUGGGUCUGGAAGAAUACAAACUUGUGAUGCGCAUUUGAGAACACGGAAAAAUCUCUCAUGCAUGCUGGGUAGCAAAAGCUGCCCACUUUCUGUCACCAAAGUGGGGGAUUUGUCAUGCGGAUUCGGCAUUGCGGAAGCGAAGCUUCUCGAAACCUGUAAUGCUAGAGCUUCCAUGCCAGACCUUCUGUGUCAUGCAAAAACAGCAUGACACUUCCAGACCCAGACAUUUUUACAUUUGAUAAACAGCAUGGACGGCGAGCGGGUCAGUGAAAUCAUGCGGGAGCAGAGUUACGAGCUGAUGAGCAUGAUAUGCAAUGCAAAAGUAUCGUUUUAUGUGUAAAAUGCAUCACAAAUUUUUUCAAAAAUAGAAUCAAUUAAUUUGUCAUGCUAUAUCAGGUAGAGAAUUUUUGGAUUUAUCAUGCUCAUGUCGAUGACUGCAAUUACUACGUAGGUGCGAUACUUUUGCAGAGCAUACAUGACCAACAUGAACGAUUCGAACUUUCACGACAUCAGGAAGCUGUGCAAACUCUUUGUGCAGCUCUUGAAAUUCGACUUGGAGGAAGUUUUGGAAGACAUCGGGGUGCUAUCCGCUGUGCCCGUCAACAAAGGUGGAAGCUUGAUGCUUUUUGACAAACCGAUUCUUCACGGUGUUGCUGAGGAAGACCAAACGGCCGACAUCAAGGCCGCCGCUGGUCACGACCAGAGUGAUGAACAUCCUCCAGGUAGUCGGGACAGCAACGAGACAGACCACCGUCGGGACAGCGGGGCAGACGGUAGAAGUAGCCCUCUUUCGAGCAAAAACCACUCGCUGCACUUGAAUUGCAAGGCGGAAGACAAUAUGGAUUGCAAAAAUGUCUAGGUCUGGAAGGAUCCGAACUUGUGAUGCGUGUUUCGGAUCAUACAAAGAUCUGUGAAGCAGAACGUGCAAAAGGUGUCCCUGCCGGGCCAUGCUGAGAGCAUUUCUCAUGCAGAAUAGGCAUCACCAAGGGGCUGCAGAACCUGUGAUGCUAGGCCCUGCAUUCCAGACGUGGGGGAGCUUGGAAAAACUGCAUGACAAACCUCGGAAUCUUUCUGGCCCAGACAUAUUUGCAUUUGAUAGACAAGCCGUUGACCUUCCGCGAGUGGCUCGUUCCAGGCCGGGAAUGGGAGGGGAAAAUUUGCAUCCCCGGAGACUUCAGAAGUAUAGUGGUUUUCUUUUUCGACGUUCAUAAAAUUUUUAUCUGAUAUGAGAACUACAGAGUCGUUCUUUGCCUGGCACCGCUUGUAGGUUAAGAAUUUGAACUUCCACACAGACAGGAGCGAUGAUCUUCCCAAUCUACUAUUCGAAAGAAAACUAUAUCUGAUAUCACUUUUAUACAUUCAAAUUCAUAACACAACUCCCAGCUACCCAAGACGAUUCUGGUGUGGACUACUACCUCGCUCGGGCAAAUGUAAUGGCCAAGGCAAGAGCUCCCUGCCCUGCCUGGCGAUCACUUUUGGCCACCACUUUCCGGCCGGGCGAAAGUGAUGGCCGAGAGCUCCUCCCGGGCUAUCAUUUUCCGGUCGGGCAAAAGUGGUGGUCAAAAAGCUCCUGCGGGGCCAUCACUUUCCGGUCGGGCAAAGCGAUGGCCAAGGGGUCCCUGUCCAUCGCUUCCCGGUCGGGCAAAAGUGACGGCCGCGAGCUCCACGGCCAUGCAUCACUUUCCGGUCGGGCAAAAGUCAUGGCCAGGAGCCCCCUGGCCAUCACUUUCCGGUCGGGCAAAAGUGAUGGCCGCGAGCCCUCUGGCCAUCGCUUUCGGCGGCCAUCGUUUUCCGGUCGGGCAAAAAUGAUCGAUGGGCAAAAGCUCGCUGGCCAUCGCUUUCCGAUCCGGCCGGGCAAAAGUGAAUUUUUUUCCGGUGGGGCAAAAGUGAGUGGUGGCCAAGAUGCCGGUGGCCAGCAAUCGCUUUUCGUUUGGGUAAAAAAAAAAACGAUGGUCAAAAGUGUUGGCCCGGUCGGGCAAAAGUGGUGGCCAAGAGUUCCAUGGCCAUCGCUUUUCGCUCGCCUCGGGCAAAGGUGACGGUCAAUGAAGAGCUCGCUGGCCAUCGUUUUAAUUUCGGCCCGUCGGGCAAAAGUGACGGCCAAGAGCUUCGUGGGCAUCGCUUUUCGCUCGGGCAAAAGUGAUGGCCCGGAACUCCUUGGCCAUCAUUUUUGGCCAUCACUUUCCGGGCGGGCAAAAGUGAUGGCCAGCCGGCCGCCAAAGCCGCCCCAACAUAAGCUUUGCGGCUGGCCCCCUUUGCUUUGCUUGCCGGGCGCGCAAAAGGGGCUGACGCCGGGCCGGCGUCCUGGACGCCGGACCGCAAAAGCGCUAAAGCGGCGAUGCCGUUAGGGCAAGCGCAGCAAGGCCGGCCGAGGCGCACCAAUCUCCCUCGGGGCAGCCCAUGCACAAAGCAAAACCGCACGCGCGCCGGAAGGCCGCGCCUGGGUCUAUGUAGUCCUCGCCCGCUGUGCUUUUGCUUUCUCUUGCGGUGCCAGCUCCCCCUUCCUCUGGGGCGAAUUUCAGGGCCUUUUGUGCCUAUUUCUGUCUGUGCCAUGCCUUCACCUUCUCACCAACCAAAAUAGCGCGAACGGUGCGCGCCCCAUGUGUAGAAUUAUUUUUCAAGCUACUAGCCCAGCGGGCGUCCUGGACGCCCGCGUUAAAGGGCUAGUAAUCAUAACACAACGACAACUCCCAGCUACCCAAGACGAUUCCGGUGUGGACUACUACCUCGCGAUUGAGGCCCAGCCGUGGCGGGUGCCGCCGUACCCCCCACUGAAAGACCUCCCCCCGCCGCUGAUAUCAAAUGCAAAUAUGUCUGGGUCUGGAAAAAGGCAGCGCUUGUCAUGCAUAUUUUGCAUGACCCAUAAUGUCUGUGAUGCAUGCCCUAGCAUCACAGAUUUGUUGAGGGCUUUCUGAUCAUGCCUGUACUGCAUGAGAAACAAAUGCCCUCUCCGUGGAGCAAAAAACGGACCUCUUUUGCUGCCCACGCAAUACAAAUUCUGUGUGGAAUCCAAAGGCAGCAUCACAAGUUGCGACCUUCCAGACAUCCAGGGAUAUUUGCAUUUGAUAGCUGAUCUACGCGAUCCAUUCGGACGGGUCGGAUGCGCAGUUCGUGCGGAUUAAGACCGCGAAAUUGAAGGACAUGCGGCAGUUUGAUGGCGAUGAAAAACCGAUUUUCACGGACAUUGAGAACGCGCAAUACUACGGUCGCGUCUUGGACGGCGGAGAGCUGCUUGAUACUCCUAUCAGUCGGGAACACAGCGGGAAUAAUGAUGGCAACGACCACGACGUCUCUGCAACGGGCACUGCCGGUCGGAACAGCAAGAGCAAGCCGACGGGGUCCUCUAGGUCAUCUUCAAAAAACAACGGGCGAGGAGAUCGAGAUGCCGGCGAAAUGAACGCGAAAAUAACGACCAUGCCUCGGGUAUCAAAUGCAAAAAUGUCUGGGUCUGGAACAACGCAACUUGUCAUGCUAAAUCUGAAUCAUGUAAAAAUCUGUGUUGCGUGAUUACCAAAAGCUGUCAACUUUUGACCUAAUCGAGAGGCAGUUUCUCAUGCAGGAUAGGCAUGAUAGAACUCUCACAGAAUCUGUCAUGCUAUGUCCUACAUACCAGACCUCAUGGGUUCUUAUGGAAAACCUGCAUGACAAGUGACCUGGCUCGUCUUCGAUGGGCAGGCGGAUGGCUGUGACCUGUCUCGCCCAUCAAGAUCCCUAAUCCGUAGCUCCUAGACGUUGCCUGGCCCGCGAAUGACUCCACGGCAGCCGGAUGUCCGUGACCUGGUUAUAAAGGGCUUCGUCGAUCGAUUGUGCCACUAGGGCCUUGUGUUCUGGCUACUCCGGAUCGCAAUCGAUGGAGGGCGGGACCUGCACCGGCGACAGGCGCUAUCCAACCAACCAACCAAGUCUGGCAUUCUUCCAGACCCAGACAUUUUUGCAGUUGAUAUCGGGACUACCUUUUCAACCAGCAGCGGUUGAUCGACACUUUACCCAGGAUCAGUCAGGAGUCCGUUUCCAAUUACGAAUACGAAAUCGAGGAAGAAGACGAUGAGCAAGAACCGUACGAGAAGCUGGAUUUCCUCGAUUUGGAAUGGGAAGACUUUGAGACCUAUCAAAUGCAAAAAUGUCUGGGUCUGGAAGAUUGGAGGACUUGUCAUGCACAUUUUGCAUGAUCCAUGAUGUCUGUGAUGUAUCAUGCGCUAGCAUCACAGAUUUUGUGAGGGCUUCCUGAUGCCCAUACCGCAUGACAAAUGCCCCUUCCGUGUAGGGCUUACGCAAUACAGAUUUUUUCAGAAUUCAAAGACAGCAUGACAAGUUGCAUCCUUCCAAACCCAGACACUUUUGCAAUGCAUAAGACCCGGAUCGAGGGCAAGCUGUGUCUGAAAACGGGGAAGAUUUCCGGCACCUGCCUUCAGCUGAUGGACAGCGGGGAAGACGGAUUUUACUACCCGGUCACAGAUUCUACAAAGAACACCUUCGAGCUGUUCCCGGUGUUGCACAACAACUACUGGCUGCAAGAUCCGCAGGGGUAUCCCAUCGGAUAUGGCGUUCUCAAAUGUUACAUUCUCAACUGUUGCAGGAAUUUGUCAUGCAAAAGCACCUUAGGCCGGCAGAUGAUCGAGCUGCUUCGCAUAACAAAUUUCGGAAGGGCUAGACAGCAUCUAAAUCUGCGCCAAACUUGUAAAUGCAAAAGGCGCAAUCUUCCUCCUUUCACUUUUGCCACUCUUGCAUCACAAAUUCAUGUAACAGUUGGGAAUGUAACACUUGAGAACGCCAUAGCUGGAGGGAUAGAAGUAGUAACUUUCUCGAGUCGCAGACCGAGACAAAUUCCUCCUCCUUGACGCAGCGGGCUUCCAUGGCGACGGAGGAGCAGUAUACUGGAGAGGACAACAAUAACAACGAGGAUCACGAUCAGGAAAUUCGAAAGAGCCGGACGAGAGCCUUCUCCUUCGUGCCGAAAAGUCGGAGAGAUGGUUCUAGCCGUGGUGAAGAUCCUUCGAUCACAACAACAACACCCGCGCAACUACAAACUUACUCCCCGAUCGGGGAGUCGCAUCCCGGCGAGCAUCUGCGCCUGUCUGAUCGCUCCGACUAUUCAGAAUUGGCGGACUAUGAAUUGCAAAAGUAUCGUACUAGGAGUUAUUGCAAUACAAAGUCGCUCAGCAUUACAAAUAAAAUUUGUCAUGCUGAUUUGCCUUGGAAACGAAAUUUGUGAUGCAUGACUGCGAUUACUACGAGUACGAUACUUUUGCACAGGAUACCGACUGCCACGUGCUGAAAUCCGUGAAAACGAGUCGGAAGCGGAAAAUCGCAAGGACGACGUUGUUGCGGGAGAUUGUGGAUUCCUACGCGCGGUACCACGAGGAAUUCGGGGAGGCGCCGGACUUACCCAACUCCAUUCCGGUGGACAUCUGGGUCCGCUUGUACGAGGCGAGCUUUCUCUUUCCGAAGAUUUUGCAAAACGACUUCCGGGAUUUGGAGCUCUGUCUCAAAGCGAAGCAGUUCCAGAACCGGGAGGAUUUGCGAAAAUUCUUGAAGUCGCUCGCCGGUCACGGACCCGUUUCCAAAACGCGGUUACUCGCCCACAACCGGUGGUCGCAGUCCCGGUCGAGGUUGCAGCAGAUUUUCAUGCGGCUGGCGGCGGUGCAGCAGGCCAAUAAGAUUUGGUCACGGCAAUUGUGGACCGACGAAGCGACCCGGGUGCGCACGGAAGAUAUGCGGUUGCGGAAGUUGUUUGAAAACAUCGAUGCCCAGUUGCGGAACUUACCGACGCGGGUGUGUUUGGCGGAGUUAGAGUCGAUGCGGGUCGUGAAGGAGCAACAGGGAGAGGACGAAGAGGAAGUAGAACAGCCUAAUAGAGGCGCGAAAACUUCCUCCGAAGCGAUGUUGAAAAAGCAAAAAACUGCUUCAUCCCAGAUUUUCUGCAGAAAACCCCAUCAAUCGGGAACCUACGACUACUUAUGGUCAAACUGCGUGAUCUGCAUGUGCGCCCUGGAAGGGGAGGAUGACCAGCAGGACGGGGAUGUGGUGCGACUGCCCUGCAAGCACUACUUCCACUUCGACUGCGCGUUGGAAUGGCUGAAUAACAAGGGGACGUGCCCGACCUGCAGAAAACCCGCAAUGAAGCCGGUGAUAGUUUAGGGUCGGUCCUUGAAAAUUUUUAUCCGAAAAGGAAAAUGAUAAGUAAAAAAUCUAUAAAUAGAAUCCUUUUGUACAAGAAGUGGUUUGAUUUUGGUUUCGACAAUAUAUUCCGAUUCAAUUUUAUUGUUUCUCGAUCUUAUUUCAUACGAUAAAAAUACACCAAACCGGAAGCUGCUACAUAGUCAACGUGUAACAAAACGACCGCAGUUACGUCGUCGCAGACGGUAUGUAGUUGACUUGGCGUUUCUGCCAUGCUUCCUAGACGAGUAUGGAGCCAUUAUGACAUUAUGGAAGAUUAUGACUUAAUAGCAAAGAGAGUUAUCGAAAAUGAGGAAUGUUUGUACGGUUGUAUUUGAAGAUCGUUUUUUUCGUUUUUACAUUUCAGCGAUGAUGCAACUCGCUGCAAAAAUCUUCCCUUUGGCUGCCUGCGGUAAAUUGAUCGUGUGUGAAAAGAUCAAGACACAAUAAACCACACCAGUAGAAGCAGGGGGCCAAAGUAGAGUUAAGGAAGAGAUAAAGCCAUAGUGUAGUAGUUUGUAAUGGCUUUCGUUUCGUCCGAUAAGGCCAGCGAAGUGUCAGAAUUAUGCCAGAAUAGAACUGCAGCGCCAGGGUAAAGCGACAGGCUGAGAAAUUAUGGCUAGAGGAAGUUCAGACAUCGAAUAUUGAAGUGAUUUUUCGUUGAUGUAGUUCUUUUUAAAUAUCUGGAAUCGAACAAGAAUAUACUCCCGGGAAGAUCUAUACUUUAAUUUAUCGAAAAGAUUUUCACUUUUUUUCCUAGAUUAGACAAGACCUUAAACGGGCUGAGUUUAUUUUCUUGUAUCAAGAACUUAUUUUCCGACGCCGGACUGGCUCCUGUCAAAGCGGCAUAGUGAAGUCUCAAGUACAAAAAAAAAUACGAUGCGGCGCCAGACUAUGCUAUGGCGGAAUAAGUUUGCUACGGGAUAAUUGAGCUCGUCUCUACCGAUACCUGCCAGAACAAGAAGUCAAAUGAGCUAGACAAUCUAUUAAUUGCCUACCCUGAAGAUGUUUUUAUCGACUUUUUCCUGAUUUUAUCUCCCAUUGAAGCUACAUACAGGACAAUCUCACCAACGACAGCACUACACGAAUGAUGGCUUUACGAAUGAUUUUCUAUUCUUUUAGUACCAGAUCUAAAAAAAAAACAGCACUUCCAAUCUGAUGUCACACGACAGAGCCAAACAAUAAUGCAGCCUUUUAUCUCCUCUACUUAAACACCACCGGAGAGCUUUUUCUCAUCUUCUCCGUUCGAAGGGGAUGAUGGGCAAAAGCUUUCGCAGAUUUUGCGGAGAUAAUGAACAAAAAUUUAGCACUUCAGAAACUCUCACGAAAGCAGUAAGUACAAAAAAACUAUGUGGGGAAACAUGAUACAGAGCACAAAAAGACUGACGUGGCAGCGGUAUUUUGUUAUGCCGUGACAGUUGAACAACUAGACAAGGGGAGAAGUAUUCUUGUAUACGCAUCUUUGCUUCUCCUUUUUACUACUACUAAUAAAAUCCAUAGGCGGGUGGAUCAUCAUAGAUAUGGUAGAAACUAGAUACAUUGAUCCAAAUUCAUUCCAAACUUUUUCCGAGCGUGCUCAUUUAGAACCACAAAGGUUUUGAGUUGCCGCGAGCACGAAGCUUAAAAGCCGUUGAUAGCCUGUUUUUAGGGGCAGAUAGAAGUUUUUUCCCGUCGAAUGGAAAAUAGAGUUGAGUGGUGUUGCUGUGCCAAAGAGGAAACUAUACCAUCGCCACACUGCUCGUUGUUGUCUCAGGUUUUGUAAGUCUGUGAUGGAAAAGCGCAGCAGAAAGAACCUUUUUUGUCCAUUGUCGAAGCCCGGUCGCAAAGCCAGUUUGCUCCCUGCGGGCGGGGAAACGGACAAGGUUUUUUUUUGUGACGCAGUUUUGUUUAUUUGCAACAAUCUAUGAUAACAGCGAGGACUUGUUGUGGUGGUAAUUUGUUCGGGAACAAAACCACGAAGAGGAGUCGAUCUUAUCAACUUGCUACAGUAGAAAAACUGCUUCGACACAAGAAAGGCGGCACAUCAGAAGGAAGAUGCCUCCAUACAGAAAAGCUAUACAACAUAUUACCAUAGGAAUAUUUGGGUUCAAGAACAAAAAGCACUUUAUCAUGUUUCUUCAUAGAAUACCGAGUCAGUUACAAAUCGAAUAGAGUUUCCUCGUAGAUAGAUUUUGACUUCCAAUACAGCUAAAGGUUUCUGAGUCUAUAUUUCUAUUCUUGUUUUCACACAACUAAAACAUAUUCGAGGCUGCAACAACAAUAAAUUUCACCCGGCGAAGAUGAAAAGAGACGCCAGAACCGGGAGGUUCAGAUUUUUUGUGAGUAAAUGUUAAUGCAACAGAAGCGAAAACUCGCAUGUCAAAAAAAUUUCACAAAAAUCGCUUCUCAUUCAUUCUUAAAUAAAUCUGUUAAGACGAAAUAGCUGCUUGCCUCGAAGAUAAUCGAAACUCUUUUACAGCCUUUGACAUUACGGGAGUACAACUAGAGUUGCUUUGCGACUAAAACAAACAAAAAGCAAAACAGUCGAGAUUCAUUCUCGACCUUCACGAUAGUAUCGCCACUGCUACAGCUCCUCGAUAGGUCUUACAAGCUCCUCAGUUUUUCACUUCGCUUUUAGUACCUGGGACAACAACUAUGGAGUGAUAAAUCCGUGAAGACAAAGCAACAGCACAGACAGCGCCGCUACUUGUUGAGACGCGAAGGCCAAGCGGCGAGGGCCGAAGAGCGCUCUACUUUUUAGCGGUACUAGAAACGUUGUUUUUUUUCCGGAUUUUUUGCUCCGACGACCUGGGACGGAGUUUUUCAGUAGCGUUUACUCUACUUUAUUUCCCUUGUUCAUCCCCAGAGUUGUCUAGAUCAACUCAAGCUCUCAGUUUUUAGCGUAAGAUGAGGGCCGCGACGCAGCAGUAUACAACUCGUGGCUGCUCAAGCGAACAUAAGGCAAACUUGCAGAUUAUUAGCUACAACAGGUUCUUUCGGAAGAACAAACCACCACUAUUUCAAUUUUGGGUACUUACUACAAAAGCGACUUCUUUAUUCAUCUUUUUCUAACUAAGGGGCUAGCAACAAAGAACGAGCAAGGUUCUUCUAAAUGUGAGAGGUUCUACUGUUAUGCAAAACGAAAAAAAAGUUUGGACUCAGAAGAGCACACAUCGAAGUAUAGAACCACGUCUGCUUGUUCAGGAGAAAUUUUAGAUUCAGCAAGAAAGGACUCAAGCAACAUAGCAGCUAUCACGCGAUGAACGGGCCAAGGAUAAGUGCAAGAACAUGAUAGCAGCUAUUGAGUUAGUUGGCAGAUGAGAAAAAUAAUGUAGGCCUGCGACUCCGACUGAGCAAUUUUCAUUUUCUAUGCUCUUACUUCUAGACGCAUAUAUAAUGAACAAGAAAAGCUCAGUGGCAAAAAAUUUAGGGUGCAAGAAUAGACCAAUUACUUAUCAAGCUGUCGUCGAACAAUCUUUAUUCACGCACGGCCUUGAUAUUGAGCAGGAGAAAACUACUUACCGCCGACGAAUAUGGAGUAGAGGCAGAGAAAAAAAUGGUUGAGAAGGUGAAAGCAGACAAAGGUUUUGGUAAAAGCGGCUGUCUAUGACGGUUGGAGGGCGUACAUAGCUCAAGAAAGAACAAGCUCAAAAAACUUGUAAGUUUACAAGAACGAGCAGUACAACCGAGUGCGAGAACUUGGACGAAGCUUGUUGUGACUUUCUCUUAGCUACUACUCGGGCCAGUUACGAGCCAAAAUCAAAGGAUGAUGACUCUUAUUCAUGUUUUGCUGCACCCUAAAUUGCACUAAAUUGCAAGUUUGCGAUUCUUAAAUUCGCGCAACUUCGCAGGCCAAACUGCAGGAGUUGGUCUUUUUUAUUUGAUCUAUACACAACAAGCAGUGCCAUGAGUUGUCUUAACUCGGCAACUAAAACUAAUAGCGUGUUUGGAAACGAAGAUGCUACUUACUCUAGCAUGCUUUUGAAUACAACAGUUGUGUGAACUACUUCAGUAUCCCUGUGCUGCAAUUGACCAAAUUUCUCUACAAACCUGGCAACAAAAGCUUUGAUGUGGUCUUAUUCUGACGAAAAAAAUCUAAAUUCGAGAAAGCUCCUUCGACAUGUUGGUCGGGGCCACCAGUGGGCUAAUUCGACAUGUUUGUCGGGACCACCAGUGGCGGAUUGGGGCAGGUUCUGUUCGCGGUUCGGUAAUUAUUCCAAUCCAGAAC